AUGCAUUUUUGUAAAGGAAAUACUAUUCUGCUUCUAUUGGCGUCCAUUUGCACCCGCAUCUGCGCUAUUGAAGUGGAUGACGAAACGUUUGAUGACGUGGUGCUCAAAUCAGGAAAAAGAACGUUUGUGGAUUUCUACGCUUCCUGGUGUGUCCACUGCAAGAAUUUGAGACCAAAGUGGGACCAGCUUACAGAGAAGUAUGCAGACCGCGAGGAUGUUCAAUUCGUGGAAAUUGAUGCCGACAAGAAUAAGAAGCAUGCCAAGCAAUACAACAUUGUCUCCUUUCCUAGAAUCAUGGUUUUCAACAGUACCGGUUCCGAACAUCCAAUUGGAUACGGAGGUGCCCUUGAAUUCGAUAACUUGGAUGAGUUCGUCGAUGACAGUAUAAACCCUCCAAAGAAACCAGAGGAACUUAAAGUGGUGCCAGAGCCUAAAAAAGCAGAUGAGCCAAAGGAGCCUACAAAUGCCAUCGUUAAGUUGAACAGCACCUUGGUGGAUAGUUUGAUUGCAAAGCCUAAAAAAAAUGCGUUUAUUCUUUUCAGCGAUGAAGAGAACGAGAGCAAGGAGAACAAGGAGCUCUACAAGAACUGGGAGGAGCUCUCAAUAGCAUUUGCUGUCGAGUCCAACAAGAUUGUGAUAGGUAUCGCCACUCCUGAGUUGGAAGACAACACAACCAGUGUGCAGGAAAUGUUUAAUGUUACGCAGUAUCCUACAAUUGUGUGCAUUAUCAGGGGUAACGUUGAAGGAGCUGAGGUUUACAACAACUCGACAUCCGUUCACGAUCUCGUGAAAUUCUUGAAUGCAAAGAUGAACACGCACCGGACAGUUGACGGAAAGUUGACGGACGAUGCCGGUAUCAUCCCCGCAUUGAACGAGUACAUGAUCACAUACCUUCGUGCAGAUGUCGAAAAGAGAAAGAGUGUUGUCAAGUUGUUGGUUCAGCAAAUGGCGAAGGUAGACAGUUUGGCAUACAGAAGAGAGUUGAAGUUUUACUCUAGAAUUAUCACUCUUCUCCUCAACGACCCAGAGUCACGUUAUAUCGCAUUGGAGAAGAAGAGACUUCUCACCGCAAAGAGGGAGCCUGACUUCGAGCCGGAAAUUUACGAUGACAUCCAAAUGAAGUUAAACAUGAUCAACUACUGCGAGAAGAUUAUGAAAGGCACCAUGACUGGAAAAGUUGUUGCUCACACGAUGACGAAAGACGAGUUAUGA